AUGGAUCUGUGUCAAGUCUUCGACCAGGAGCUCGAAGCUCUUGGUAUUGAGACCGUCCAGAAGGAGACUAUUCAUCCCAGAAAGAGUUACAAGAUGAACUCUUCUUGCGCCGAUAUCCUUCUGUUCGCCAGUCACAAGUGGAGUGUCAGCACCCCCAGCUUGUUGUACGACACCAAGGACAACAUGGGUCAGACCACCACCAACAAGUUCUGGGUCGAUGUUCAGCUUCGUUACGGUGAUUACGACUCUCACGACAUCGAGCGUUAUGUUCGUGCCAAGUACCUCGACUACACCUCGGACAGCAUGAGUAUCUACCCAUCUGCUACUGGCUUGAUGAUAGGUAUCGAUCUUGCUUACAACCUGUACUCUGCCUACGGACAGUACUUCCCUGGUCUUAAGCAGCUUGUUCAGCAGGCUAUGGCCAAGGUCAUGAAGGCUAACCCUGCCCUCUAUGUUCUUCGUGAGCGUAUUCGCAAGGGUCUGCAGCUCUACGCCUCGGAGAGCAACCAAGAGUUCCUCAACUCGCAGAACUACUCUGAGCUGUUCAGCAACCAGAUUCAGCUCUUCAUUGACGACACAAACGUUUACCGUGUCACUAUCCACAAGACCUUUGAAGGUAACUUGACCACCAAGCCUAUCAACGGUGCCAUCUUCAUUUUCAACCCCAGAACUGGUCAGCUGUUCUUGAAGAUUAUCCACACCAGUGUCUGGGCAGGCCAGAAGCGUCUUGGUCAAUUGGCGAAAUGGAAGACGGCAGAAGAAGUUGCGGCACUCAUCCGCUCAUUGCCUGUCGAAGAGCAGCCCAAGCAGUUGAUCGUCACCAGAAAGGGUCUCCUCGAUCCUCUCGAGGUACACUUGCUUGACUUCCCUAACAUCUCUAUCCGUGCUUCGGAGCUGCAACUGCCUUUCCAGGCCGCAAUGAAGGUUGAGAAGCUCGGAGACAUGAUCUUGCGUGCUACUGAGCCUCAGAUGGUGCUCUUUAACCUAUACGAUGAAUGGCUCAAGUCCAUCUCGUCUUACACUGCCUUCUCGCGUCUCAUUCUGAUUCUGCGUGCCCUGCACGUCAACCAGGACAAGACCAAGCUGUUGCUUCGUCCUGACAAGACUGUCAUCACUCAAGAGCAUCACAUCUGGCCGACAUUGUCUGACGAUGACUGGAUCAAGGUUGAAACGCAAUUACGCGAUCUGAUCUUGAAUGAUUACGGAAAGAAGAACAACGUCAAUGUCUCUUCUCUGACUCAGAGCGAAGUCAGAGAUAUCAUCCUGGGUAUGGAAAUUAGCGCACCCAGUAUGCAGAGACAACAGGCUGCCGAGAUUGAGAAGCAGCAAGAGGAGCAGGCCCAGCUCACUGCUGUCACUACAAAGACUCAAAAUGUGAAUGGUGAGGACAUUGUCGUCACUACCACGUCUCAGUUCGAGCAGCAAACCUUCGCCUCAAAGACCGAGUGGAGAACACGUGCGAUUGCCACGUCCAACCUUCGCACUCGCGCCAACAACAUCUACAUCUCGUCUGAGGAUAUUCGUGAUGAUGAGGAGCACUUCACUUACAUCAUGCCAAAGAACAUCCUCAAGCGUUUCAUCACCAUCGCCGAUCUUCGCGUCCAGGUUGCUGGUUACCUGUAUGGUACAUCACCACCAGACAACAAACAAAUCAAGGAAGUGAAAGCCAUCGUCAUGGUGCCUCAAGUUGGCAACACUCGCGACAUUCAGCUUCCUCGCAACUUGCCCGAGAACGACAUCCUCAACUCACUUGAGCCUCUCGGAUGGAUUCACACAAGUGCUGGCAAUGAGACAAGCUACAUGGCGGCACAAGAUGUCACACAGCACGCCCGCCUGAUGAACCAGCACGAAUCUUGGGACAAGAAGACCGUCACCAUGACAGUUUCCUUCACCCCUGGUUCCGUCUCGCUGUCCGCGUGGUCUCUCACUCCCUCUGGCUACACCUGGGGAGCCGAGAACAAAGACAUGUCAUCCGACCAGCCAUCUGGCUUCAACCCAGGCGCCGGCUUUGGUGAGAAGUCCCAACUCCUUCUCUCUGACCGCAUCCGAGGAAUGUUCUUCGUUCCCGACGACGAGAGAUGGAAUUGGUCAUUCAUGGGCUCAGGCUUUGGUGACAAAGAGAAGGGUCGCAUCUAUGUGGAUGUUGGUGUGCCCAAGAGAUUCUACGACGACGUGCAUAGACCUGUUCACUUCCAAAACUUUGCCGAGUUGGAAGAUGUUUGGGUUGACAGGUCUGAUAACUUGGCUUAG